AUGGCAAUUAUCUACAAAAAAAAGAAACAACAAAAUGAAUCAAAUUUAGGCAAGGAUAGGUUCAUGUUCAUCUUAAUGCCGAUAGAUAAUCUAAAAAUAUACGAGUUUCAUCUCAUUUUCAAGUCUCAGAUUAUUGGUUUUAAAUCCUUCUUCAUCAAAAAUUUAUAUCAACAGAAACAACAACAUGACAUAUAUUAA